ACAGACAUCAUCAGAGACUGACAGGCAGACAGACUGACAUACAUCCCCAGAGACAGACUGACACAUAUCCAGACAGACAUACAGAUAUCCCCAGAGACAGACAGACUGAUAUUCUCAGAAACAGACAAGUAUUACCUCAGGCUGAGUAAUAUAUCAGCAGACGGUUGAGAUUGUUGUCUGUCUCUGGGGAGACUGAUAUAUACCCAAAGUAGAAAUCGUCCCAGAAAGAGAGAGAUUAAAGCAUACCCAGUUGUGUCUCAUCACAUUGGAGCGAAAGAGAUCCUGGUAUAUCCCUAGGGGCAGAAACUGGUAGAUUCCUAGGGGCAGUCAAAGAUAGUAUAUUCACAAGGACUGAAAUGCAAUAGUCAGUGAAACUACUGUCUGUCUAAAUAUAACAGACACUUGUAAACCUCCGAGAGCAGAUUCUAGUGUAUGCCUGAUGACAGACAGGUUUGGAGAGCCCAAUAAGACCUCUUUGUAGAUAUUAAAAUAAACAAACUGAUACCAUAAAACAAUAAAGACAGUCACUUAAAUCCCAUUGACGAUGGACAGAUAAACAUAUACCGAAAGUUUUUACGAGACAGAUAAAUCUCCCUGGAAGGUCCAAGGAGGUCAGAGAUAGAGCUUGGGCUAUGGAUCGCAGCAAGUGUGAGAGAUGUACAAAGAAAUCACAUGGUGGUACGGUUUGUAUGGAACAUCCUCCGUCUUCCUGUGUGCGAGGCAGCAUACGCCAAGGUGGAAGUGAAAGGAAUGGACAUUCCAGAUCAGCCAACACAGUUGUGUUCCCAGCAGCCCGACCCAGUGAAUUGCGCAGAGCAGCAACACAGGUACAACACCAAACACGUUCCCGAAAUCUGGGUAAGAAGAAGGAUGUGGAUAGCAGCCGGAUACAGCACUACAUUCCUCACCGUGGUGUGGACUCCCCGGCCUACAUGAAUGCUGUCCGUCGGAAUUUGGAGGAGAAAAAUGCCAAUCUUAUGAAAACAAUCAUUGAGGAUGAGAAGAGGUCCCUGGAGAGUGCCACUGAGCUACUGCAGCAGUACAACAAAACAGAGCAUAAUAUGGCGGCACUGAAGUCAUGGUCAGAGCGUCAGUUGAGAGAAGCACAGCAAGACCUGGAGGAAACCAGAAUGAAGGGGGAGCAGCGUUUGAAGGAACUACAGAAUCAAGUGGAAGCCUGCGACAAGAAGCUGAGAGAUGCUCAAAAAGACUUGCAACAGUUGCGAGAUUACCGAGAUAGGGAUCGUUCGGUUAAAGCGCUGGAGAUUGCAGACCUUCAGAGACAGCUCAAGUCGCUUAGUGACGCCUACCAGGACAGAAUCUCAGAUGUAGAAGCUUUAGCUCAAACAGAGUUACAGAAUGUUUCCAAAAAGCAUGAAAAUCGGAUGGACGGCAGCCUCCAACGUAUAGCGCAGCAUCAAAUAGACACCCUACCACCCUCCAUAAAACGAAUGUAUCUAGAAAACAAGAAGAUGAAAAAGGACAUUGCUGUACAUGAGAAGGCCAUCACAGAGCUUGAAGACGAGAUUGGACAUUUACGAGUGACAAGGAAUUCCCUGCAAAGAUCAGCAAGAGAAUUGAUUGGGAAAUGGUGCCGGGACCUCCUUCUCCAUGAACCACGAUGUUCCCCCGAGGAAGAUUUGAUCUUUGACAUCCCGGAGAAUGAGGACCUCCCCAUUUAGCACCUAACAGCUGGAAAAGAGACAGAAGUGCCAUAGAUUGCCCAUUAAGUUUUCACUCCAUGUUCUAUGUGCCUCACUGUCCUCACCUUUACUUACUGUUGAAUGUACUGCAGGUAACCCUAUAUUCCUUUUUAUUGUACUUGCCUUUUCCUUAUAAAAAAUAAAGAGGAUGAGGAUUCGGCCA